AUGAGGUUCGACCGCAGCAAUUACCAACACCAAUUCAGAGAAUAUGUGGGUGAAGAGAGGUCACUUGCGGGGCAUGAUCAUCAUGUGUUUCAGACGAUUUCUUUGAAUGAUCAACAGAAGCGCCUGUGGACGAUCGAUCAAAUCGAGGAAGACAAAGUAAUUGGUGGGAAAUGGGGGCACCAACAAAAACCACCCGUUUUUGGCGGAAGCUGGACGGUGGUAAACAUGCACGAAGUUGCGUGCGCUUCUGGUAUUACCGUUGCAUAUCGUUUGAGCGCAACUUACGAUUUCGAUGCAUUUGCCGAGUUUGCAGAAGACGUCUUCUCCAAGUAUCUACUACUUGCCCACAGUGGUAGAUGCAAGCGGAAAUCGCAAUGA